UCGUCUCCUCUUUGCUCCUCUUUACUCCUCUGUGCUCCUGCAGUCAUGUACCUGUACCUCCUGGGCCUGGUGGUUCUCUUCUACCUGUACCGCUGGGUCAGGGAGAUGCCCAGGGUCCCGGACAAAGGCAGCAAGCACGUGUACGUCACCGGCUGCGACUCAGGCUUCGGAAACCUCCUGGCUCGUCAUCUGGACAAGAAGGGCUUCCGAGUGAUCGCGGCGUGCUUCACGGAGAAGGGAGAGGACGGUCUGAAGAAGUCCUGCUCCAGCAAACUGACCACCACGCACCUCGACGUCAGGUCCAAGGAGAGCGUGGCCAAAGUGGGGGCGAUGAUCAAGGAGCUGGUGGGCGAGCAAGGUUUAUGGGCUAUAGUGAACAAUGCAGGCGUGUCCGUUCCCUCGGCGCCCAACGAUUGGCUGACCAUUGAUGAUUUCAAGUCGAUGCUGGACGUGAACCUGAUGGGGGUGAUCGCCACGACCCUGAGCGUCCUCCCCCUGAUCAAGAAGGCCAGAGGCCGGGUGGUGAACGUAGCCAGCGUGUUCGGGAGGAUCAGUCCGACCGGAGGCCCGUACACCAUCUCCAAGUACGGCGUGGAGGCCUUCAACGACAGCCUCAGGCUGAAUAUGAAGCAUUUCGGGGUCAAAGUCCUCUGCAUCGAACCCGGCUUCUUCAAAACCAACGUGACUGACAGCGUCCUCCUGAAGAGGAACGUGGAGACGCUCUGGGCCAAGCUGCCGCAGGACGUCAAAGACGACUACGGACCCCAGUUCCUCCCCAACUCGUUAGAGAUGAUCGAUGAGAAAGUCUCAAAGAUCAGUGACGGGGAUCUGAUGAAGGUGGUCGGCUGCAUGGAGCACGCCGUGUCCGCGGUCCGGCCCCGCACCCGCUACUCCCCCGGCUGGGACGCCAAGCUCUUCUGGCUGCCGCUGUCCUACAUGCCCACCUGCCUCACCGAUUACUUCUUCCACAUUCAAUCCAGUCCCAUCGCCGUGAAGAUAUAAUCCACUGCUGCUCUUCUUCUUUAUGUAUUCAAGUUUGUAUUCAUAACUCCUGUGAUAUAAACAAUACGACCAACUGA